GAAAACGAGACGGAUCGUGAUCUGCCGGGACCUUACAAUCCCCACAUGGUCAUGAUCUGUCUCUUCACUCAUCUAUCUUCAUUCAUAAACACUUUCAAUUCCCAUUCAAAUAAGAACAUGACCAGUAGUAAUUCUCUCAAGCUUUUCAUCCAACGGGAGCUAGGCGCUUUCCCUCAUUUCGUAAUCUACGCUAUUCUCGAGUGGUUUUUAAUUGUCAUCCUUUUCCUUGACGGGUUCCUCGCGUUUUUCUCUAACGAAUUCGCGAAGUUCUUCGAAUUGCACAUCCCCUGUGUCCUCUGUUCUCGUGUUGAACAUGUCUUGGUUCAUCAGGGUAUGAAUUCGUAUUAUAAUAGUAUCAUAUGUGAACAUCAUAAGAAGGAUGUGUCUUCUCUUGCUUAUUGUCAUGUUCAUCGGAAUCUGUCUGAUAUUCGCACUAUGUGCGAGGGAUGUCUGCUUUCUUUCGCGAGGGAGAAAGAACCUGAUACCGAAUCGAAGUUUAUUCGAACGGUUGUUGCGGAUAAUUCGGUUGAUGGGGAUGUUAGGUGUUCUUGCUGUGGAGAGUUGAUGAAAUUGAGAACUGUGUCUAAGGGGAUGACUCGAAUAGGAAGCUCGGUUCAUCAGAUGCAGAUGCCGUUGUCUCCUCGAUCUCCUCGGUCGCAGGUGUUUGGACCGAGAAACGAAGAUGGACGACCUCUUCAACUUCAAUUGAAGUUCAUGUCGGGUAAUGAUUCGGGCAUUCUCGACGAGGAAUACAUCGUUUUGGGCACAGACAAACCAGGUAGAGAAAUCAAUCAAUAUGACGUUAACGAAGAAAUGAAAACCCCGGGUUACUCGAGAGGGAACAAAUUCUUCGGAGUCCCGUUGGAUUCGUCGACUCCGAGACUGAGCAGUCGGUCUAUAAGGAAAUCGCCCUUAGAGAAAACGGAUUUCUUAUUAGAAUCCAACGACCUAAAUCCGGGAAACAACGAGGAAAACGAUUCCAUUUUGAGCCGUCUGAGAAAACAAGUACGUUUGGAUCAAAAGAACAUAUCGGAUCUAACCUCGGAACUCGAAGAGGAAAGAAGCGCGUCCGAUAUCGCGACGAACAAUGCCAUGGCCAUGAUCACGAGGCUACAAGCCGAGAAAGCUUCGGUUCAGAUGGAAGCUUCGCAGUACCAGAGAAUGAUGGAGGAACAAGCUCAAUACGAUCAAGAAGCGAUUCAAAUGUUGAGGGAUAUAUUGAUGAAGAGAGGCGAUGAGAUGAAGAACGUGGAGGCUGAACUCGAAAAUUAUAGGUACAAAUUCGGGAUUAUUGAAAAAGAUGACGAAUUCGACGCUAUCGAUGAUUACCAAGAAUUUAACUCUCGUACCUAUUCGUUCGUUAGCGAAAGGUACGAGUGCGAAACCCCGAUUGAGAGAUCCAACCAUGUCGGAGAUGAAGAAUAUUCUCCGAGAUGCGAUGAUGAUUUGGAAGAAGAAGAAGAAAGGGGAGUAACCGGUUUGGAAGAAGAAGAAAGGGGAGUAACCGGUUUGGAAGAAGAAGAAAGGGGAGUAACCGACGAGGAAUCGUCGCCUUCUGGUUUAGAAGCCGAUCAAAGGUCUCAACUUCUAGGACUGUUGACGGUUCUUGAAAAGAAAAUGUACCUAACUGCUAACGAAGAAGAGUUGGAGUUGGUUUCUUCUCAACCCAACUCGGAAAUGGGUAAUCAUCUUCUCGUUUAGGCCUACAUUUUUGUCGUCUUUGUCCUCGUCGUCAUCUCGACAAGUAUUAGGUAAUAAUAAUACAAGGGACACUGCAAAAAGGGUAGUUUUGUCCUUUUUGUUCUGAUUGCUCUUCUAGGUUAAGCCAUUCUUGUAAAGAAGAGGCUUUUGUCUCCUUCCAAUCAUUAGAAACUAUGGUAUUUUUGGAUAUACUCUCUUAUUUAUUGAUCAAAGGUAUCUUAUUUAUCUCCUUUCUAUGAUUAUAUGAUGCAAAAUAAGAAAUGAAAACAUCAUUAGAACGACUCAAAAGGAAACCUAAUUCGAAAUUCGAAAAUAACACAAUCUUUCACUUACAAUAUGUUGCUAGUUAAAAGAAGGAUUAUAGUACAAAGAAACUCCAUAGUUCCUUCC